UAAUCAUGAUGCAUUUUGUUACAGUUUGACCACAAUGACUGAAAACUGCGAUCCCAUCAGUCUGCUGGAGUCCAGAGUAGACGCGCUAGAAAAGAAAGUAUUCGGAAACGAGAGCGUCGACAACUUCGAUACAUCGAAUAGUGUCGUCGAUCUACUACUCAAAAACCAGACACUGAUAUCAACGGCAGUUUCGAGUCGAGAGAAGAUUAAUACUUUCGUGAAACGUAUCGAUUUCCUGGAGCAGAUCUUGGAUCCAACCUAUGAGGACAGUCUGGUCGACCGUAAUGCAAAAGUUGAAGUUGUGCUGAUGAUGGUGAACGAGUUCCAGGAGACCAUUGAGAGGCUGAAAAUGUUGCAGGAUAUGAUUGAUGUGCUCGAGAGCGAGAAGAUUAGAAGUGUUCCUCAGGUGAGAAGCAGACUGGACAGGUUACAAACAUUGGUAGUCGAUCUGGCUGAGAAAACACAGGAGACCAACGAAAAGAUCAAAGAGCUGGCAGUCUGCUAUGCACAAAUUAUGAACUCUUUCACCAAGGCCUUUUGUCAAAUCGACAGCGCCCUCAAACAAAUGGAGAUUGAGGCCAACCCGAGAAAAGUGUAUGAUUAACUUACAGGUAAUUUAUUGUUAAUGUUAAUAAGUAAUAUUAUUUUAUUGUAACUUGAUGUAUGUAUCAUGUUUUUCAUUUUAAAUAAACUGUGAUUGUAACUCU